CGAAGAGUGUGUAUCGUUAACUAAUUACCCAUAUAGAUGUAUAACUUUGUAUACGUUUGCUAUAAAUGCUGCGUUCUUGUGCGCUCUAGGGCUUAACAUUUUUGUCUGCGUACAGAAAAGUUUCAUAUAUUGUUGAUUUUAGAUAUUUCAAAAUGAGUACUGUUCAGUUUACUUAUGAAGUGGAAGAAAACCGACCUGUGGUCACAUCUGCUGCGGUUACAAACGGCACAGCGUCUGACCAGAUAGUGGAUUCGACACAGAGCAGUGUUUUCUCGCCUUUAGCGCCACCUUUUGAGAGCCGGUUAAACAAUUUACAUCAGACACAAAUGCAGUAUUCUCAUCCAAAUGCUUCAGCUAACAGAGAAUUUGACCAGCCAAUACUGAACAUGCGGACUAACAAUUCUGACGUGCAGUUUGAUGACAUCGGUUCCAGUUCUCACGGCUAUACUUUGAAUGGCAACCCGAUGACCGGUGAUGCGACUUCUGCCGCUCAAAAGAACGUUUGCGGAGAUGUAACUGAUGCACCUGUUGUGAGGAACGAAAACUUCGUCGGUGCUUAUGACUUCUUAAUUAAAAGUAUGACGUCAGCCAACCUGUACGUGUCGAUGCUGAACCCGGAGCAGCUUGCGGUGCUGAGUUCGAUGCGGCCGAGCGUGCUCUACGACUUCUUGCAGGAGGUCGUCAAAGCGUACGGCAACAAGCGCGUCAAGCGACUUCCUAAUGAGUGUGCGUUCUGCAAGAACAACGGUGAGGAGGAAGAGUGCUACAUGUCGCACCCGCUAAAGGAUUUCCGCGGGCGUGUGUUGUGUCCCGUGCUGCGCGCCUUCCGUUGCCCGCGGUGUGGCGCCACCGGUGACCGUGCUCAUACUAUCAAAUACUGCCCGGAAAAUCCCGAAUCUGAACGUUCUGGCGGUUUCCUAUACCGUCGUCGUGUGUCUGGAUCCACUUUCCUGAUGAACGAGGCGGGACGUGCGGCGCAGGCAGCGCCCCCCAUGCCCGCCGCCACUCCAGUCUCUCCUUCUGCCAGCAACAACAACCUACGCUCCUCUAUAUGGUCAAGCUUCGCCAUGAACUGACUGACAACAUUCUAAGACUUAUUCUCGUAUUUAAUAACAUCUUAUAACUUGAUAUAACGGAAUAUUCUUCAUAAUGUUAGGUAUUAUGUUUACAUUUUUCAGCAAUGAAGCU